UGAGGCGGCCCGGCGGCGGCGGCUGAGGCGGAGGGCGAGGCUGAGGGCAGCUCCCGACUGCCCGUCCCGGCUCGGCCAUGGCGCGGAGCUCGCUCUCCUCGCGCUUCCGCCGCCUCGACAUCGACCAGUUCGACGAGAAUCGCUUCGUGGAGGAGCCCGACGGCGCCGAUGCCGGUACGGAGGCCGGGAGCGGGGCCGGCCCGGCGGAGGGCGACGGAGGGCCCGGCCCGGAGCUCCUUGACCCGCUUUGCCGAACAGGCGACAUGCUCAGAGCGUUCCACGCAGCUCUGCAGAAUUCCCCCACCAACACAAAGAACCCCGCGGCCAAGGAGCGGGCCCAGGAAAUGGUGCUGAAGGUUCUGACAUCAUUUAAAGGCAGCGAGAUAGAGCAGGCGGUGAACUCCUUAGAUAGCAGUGGCAUUGACUUGUUAAUGAAGUACAUUUAUAAAGGGUUUGAAAAGCCAACGGAAAAUAGCAGUGCAAUACUACUUCAGUGGCACGAAAAGGCAUUAGCAGUAGGAGGCCUGGGCUCCAUAGUCAGAGUUCUUACUGCACGAAAAACUGUGUAAAGGACCUGAGCUGAGACACCAAGAACUCUCUUGGAGCCAGGAGGGACUGGCUGCAGCUGGCGCUUCGGUCGCCCUUCUAGGAGCCCUCAUCGACUGAAGUACUGCGGGGGGGGGGGGGGGCUCUCCUUCCUCUCCUGGAACAAAGUCCUUUUAACCGCAACGGUUGGAGGGAAUGUUUGCAUAAUCAUCUUUUCUGACUGUCAGAUCCAGUAGCACCUGGCGCCACGCUGGGCAGCGCUGGGGGUCCAGGACGGCUGCUGUGCUCUGGCCGAGCGGUGGGACGAGAGAGACUGAGACUUAGGAUGGACAGACAUUUGCAGUGCGGGGGGGCGGGGGUGCUGGCAGUGAAAUGAGCGCUUGGUUUGGGGGUUUUCUUAUGCAAGGGGGCUUUUUGUACAUAGCUGAGGCGGCCGGGCUGGGGUCGGUCCCAUGCUAUCAAAAUAAAGUUCUUGGACGGUUCGCGUUCCUCA